AUGCGAGCAAUCGACAACCCAGACGACGAAAUCCAGGAGCCCUGUCGUCGACUCUGUUUUGAAGCAUUCCAGCACCUUUCCCCUGCUGAUAAAAUCCGAGCGACCGGAGAAAUGCAGAAAAUGUACCAAAACGGCCUUUCCGCCAAGCAUUUCCGUUUUUUAAUUUGCGAAACAUUCGACGGAAUGCGCACAGAAGGAUGCAGAAAAACGCUUAUGAAGCUGCUUUUUACCGAUGUUGGAGUUCAGGCUUGCAAGGCGCUAAAAAGUUACAAAGCGCCUUCAGAAAGGGAUUUGAACGAAUUGGUCAUUAAUGCCAAGGAUAAUGCGAUUCAUAUCAUGAGAACUAUCGAACUUGCAGCGAACUACGAAGAAACUCAGAAGUUCGCUAGAGAUACGAUCCUCGAUGCGAUCCACUUAUUCUCCAGGGAUGUUCUUGCGAUUCUAAAAAUGAUGGGAAGCUUACCGUACAUAAUUGUUGGAACGUGUAUUCCGAUUCUCCGCGAUUACCAGAAAGAAUAUGAGGAAGCUGGAUACACGAUGCUGGUUUAUGGCGGAUUUCUGAAACUCUACACGAGAUAUUACGUCAACUCGGGCGACAAAUUGCCAGUUUGUUGUGGGGAUGAAUCCUUUUUCUUACAGACCUGCACUCUGCUGAUGACCGAACGGCCUGAAAUCGAGGAUCGUCUCCGUAACGAUACAUCGCUUAUGCGCGUCAUUGAUAAAAAUUCAUCUGUGGACAAAAUGCAAGACCUGAUCAUGGACUGUCUCCGGGCAAUUCUUGACAACUCUCUUCUCACACAAGAUUGCUUCGCCUUUUGGUUUCCUGUUUCUUAUGCUCAUAAGUUGGUUGUAAACGCGGACGAUCCAUCGAAAAAGACUCGGGAGCGCGCUUUGAAAACGAUUCUCGCGACGGCAAAACACAACGAUUCGCUCGAAUUCUACAAAGGCGUCAACAACUUCAACCAAAUCUGGUCCGGCCCAGGAUUCACAGACAUACGGGAACAAAUAUGCCAGCGAUUUGCGGCGCUCCCUUCGUUCGAGAAAAUCUACGGGAAGGAAAUCGCGAAGGUUUGGCGUGGAAGCAUCGAGCGUUCGAUUCCCGAUCCUCGUGUCGCUACUGAUUACGAUUUCAUCUGUUGA